CUCAUCGCAGAUCUUCCUCACCUCCACAGGCAAGCCCGACAUCUCCAGCAAGUUGAAAGUGGACAGGCCAAACUUCAUCAGUUCUUCGUGCCUGAUCAGCUCGACCAUGACUCGCCGGGAUCUCGACAAGAACACGACCAUAGUCGCUUACUCGCAGAAGGAUUCGUCCCUGGCCCAUGAGACAUAGUCAAGACGCCCCUCCAUUGACUGCUUCAGGAACCGCUUCAUCCACGCCUCGGUUUGCGCGUAGUCCCGUGGCAGCAUGUUCACGGGCAUCGAUCCGCACGUCUCUAGGCUACCGCCUUCUCGCGACCCUCACCAAUCCGUGGGAGCCAGCCCUGUUCCACUACCUGCGGAGAAGGGGGGUGGGCUACCUUCGCGCCGACGAUGGCACAGCAAUCGCUAGACGGAAAACGUAUUCCCCGGGCCGCCCAACUCGGGCCGGAGAACACAAGAGGGGAUCCAGAAGCGGGGUCUCCACAAGGUCCAUGAAGAACCUCUCCGAGGCCAUGGAGUACGACGACGCGGUCGCGAGGGGCACGCUGGACUGGUCGGAGCACCCGUCGGCCGAUAGGCUGUGGACGCUGCUCAUGCUGUUGAGCUACUAGUAGGCCUACCGGCAAAGGUCGGCUGUUCCACAAGCUUGCACUUGGUCAAGCAACCAGCACGGGUUUAUGCUGAAAAGUACUUGCCCGUAGGUGGAGGUUGCUGAUGGUCAGUCUUUUGCCGACAUGGAGAAGCAU